AAUUCACUUCCCCAGAUUCUGGUGGUGAGGCUGGUUUCUUAAAACGUCUCUGACCAGGGGCGAGUCUGCCUAAGACCGGUAGUCCCCCACUAAAAGACCACUUCUCAGCCUCUAACAAGGGUGCCAAGUCAAUCCAUCAUUAUCAGGGGCCCUCCAUUCUCACCAACCUAAGAACUCCGAAGACUCCGACGACCAUGCUCCGUAAACGUCAGAGGCCAGAAGCUGGACCUUCUUCUUCGCCUUUAAAGAAACAGCCAUCCCCUGAGAUGCCGUCGCCGAGUAACUGGAGCCUGCGGUCGCAAUGGAUGUUCUUUGCGGUUGCUAGUGGUGCUUGUGCUGCUUUCAAUGGAGUUUUUGCAAAGUUGACAACUACACAACUCACUACCAACCUAUCCAAUAGCAUUGCGAAAUUGAUUGGCUUGUCCGCUCAUGAGCACAUAGUUGAAUAUCUCGUCCGGGGCAUAUUCUUUGUCCUCAACUUAACGUUCAAUGGCGUUAUGUGGACGCUUUUCACCCAGGCUCUUGCCCGUGGUACAUCCACAACUCAAGUCUCCAUCAUGAAUACAUCUACGAACUUCAUGGUCACAGCAGUACUAGGCGCCUUGAUCUUCUCGGAAGUUCUCCCGCCUCUAUGGUGGGCUGGUGCUGCGCUUCUUGUCGCAGGUAAUGUCAUUGUGGGACGAAAGGAUGAGACUAAAGACGCUGGUGCUGCGGCCGCUGCCGAGGGGCCGAGUUAUGUUCCUUUGCCGACUGAAGAUGAUGGAGCGCAGCGGGAUGACGAGGAUAUUAUUGAUUUAGGAAGAGUGUCGGAUGAGGAACCACGAUAGACAGGUUGGCCAGUCACAGUUUUGAUGCAGAAUGCCACGAGAGACACGCUGUUGGAUACUCGAUAGAGUUCGGCCA